CAUGUAUGGGAUCAGUAGUUAGAGGGUGUGCUGAUCCUUGUAGUGUCAUACUGGACUAUACUGGGGUGCCUCCAGCCUGCGAGGCCGAUUCCACUUCCUGCUCAACAAGUCACCCGGAAGUUGAUAUAAUUGAAGAGAACGACACACAGCAAGCGGGAAGCCAGGUGGAACGCACAGGCCGGAAGUGGGGUGGAACGCAGAGACCUGAAGCCCGGUGGAACGCACAGGACGGAAGCGGGGUGGACCGCAGAGACCGGAAGCCGGGUGGAACGCAAAGACCAGAAGCCGGGAGUGCACAUCUUCUUGCGGGUGAGGAGGCUGUGAGUGGAAGGGGACUUUUAAGCUGAGAGCAACCAGAGUCUUUAUUAGAAGUCACGUGAGGAUGAAAUGCGUCACUGAUUCACUGAGGAUGGACCAGGGCAGGAGUCACAUGACUGAGAGGAUAUUAAAUCUCACCCUGGAGAUCAUCUACCUGCUGACUGGAGAGGAUUACACAGUAGUGAAGAAGACAUCCAUUGAGUGUGAGACCCCCAGUAUCCGUCCUCAUGUGUCAGGAGGAUUGAGCAUGACCCAGAGCCCCAUCACGGUGCCUCCACCUCACUCACUGAUAUAUGAGAGAGAAAAUGACCAGAAGAUCCUGGAAAUCACCAACAAGAUCAUUCAGCUGCUGACUGGAGAGGAGGGUGAUUAUAUAGAAGGACACAAAGACCUUUACAAGGACGUGAUGAUGGAGAAUCACCGGCCCCUCACAUCACUUGAUGGAUCCAGUAACAGAGAUUCCCCAGAGAGAUGUCCCCUUCCUUUUUAUUCCCAGGACUGUACAGAGGAGAAUCACAGGACCCCACAGGAGGAUCAGGGUGAAGACAUAACUGAUGUUAAGGUAGAAGAUGUGAAGGCAGAAGAAGAGACAUAUGUGUGGGGUGAUCAACAGUAUGGAGAUAAAAUCGGGAAUCCCUCAGAGGAACAUCUCAUCUUCUCUGCAGAUAAUGAAAUGAAAUAUACUUACACCAAACAAGAGUCUUCAGGAGAAAUCCCUAUUACACAUCCAGUUCAUCACAUUGCAGAUACAUCAUCUGAAUCCACUUAUUGUGUCAAGUGGUUUACAAAGAACACAAAGCUUGUUACCCAUCAGCCAGCUAAGUCAGACCAGAAGCCGUUUCCAUGUUUUGAAUGUGGGAAACGUUUUACCCAUCAAUCAUCUCUUGUUAAACAUCAGAGAAGUCACACAGCUAUGUCUUUCAGGCUGAGAGUUGGGGGUGAGGAGAGGCAGAAGGAUGUGUUUGUCACCCAGCCUGAGAGUGAGGAGGAGGAGGAUGAUGAAGAGCCUGCUGUGUCUCUCCCCGGGAAGACACUUACCGGCAGAAAUGUGCGCUUCAGUUACAAUGAGAAUUGCGCACUGGUGCACGCUAUGCUGCCUGUGUUUGAUCGCCUUCUUGGAUGUCAGUCGCACCGAACCACCCUGGCACGCAAGAAGGCAAUGUGGAAGUCCAUCACGGACGCCGUUAACGCUGUGAGCUCCUACCGGCGGUGUGUGGAGAAUGUUAAAAAGCGGUUUAACGACGUCAAGCGUGUCUUAAAAGCCAAGAUGGUGGAGGAGCUCCACGAGGCGCAGAGGACAGGGGGUGGCCAUUCUGCAUCUAUCCUCUACACAUCCUUCGAGGAGGAGUUAAAGCAGGUGAUCCCACCCAAAAUCCUCCCUGGGUCUCACAUUGAGUAUACGGAUCGUCCUCCAUCCCAAGCCCAUCCUACUACGCAACAGAAGAGGACUUCUACCCACGUGAGGUCUUCUACCGUGGCUGCAAAAAGGCAUCGUCCACAAACAGAAGACAGUGAGGCUGGUCCAUCUCGUGCAGCUCCCCCAAGAUCGGUGGUGGUUGAGGAGUUUAAGGAUCAGCAGGAAAUUAUCCUGACACCGAUUGCGCCGCUUUUGCCGCCUGACCACACCGCAGCUGGAUUUGCCAUGGAGGAACAGCAGCAGGUUCCCCCACAGCCCACGCCAACAUCUCAAACAACGCCAUCUGUGGAGGAGGUGGCCCAGCCACUGGAGAGCUUCCGGCAAACUCAAGUCAAAUACAUGACCACGCAGACGCAGCAGAUGAACAAUAUCAGCAGCCAGCUGCGUAAACUUACAAAUGUGGCCAGAGUGGCUCAGGGUACGCGAGACCGAAGGGCCCAUCAGCUUGACAUGCGGCUCCGUGACAUUAGUCGGGCUAUUCGGGCACAAACAGAGGCCGUUAUUAGCCUGACAAAGGAGCUUACAAGCCAAAGGGUUACAGCAGAAGCACAGAGUGUGUCGGUGAGUAGUCUGACACCUACCCCCCAAACCGGGUCACCAACCACGCCCCUAAGGUGGAGUGUGCGCACAUGUCGUAGUGUGGGUAAAGGGGUAGGUAGGGGCAGAGGGAGUUCAGGCCCCAAAAAAUAAUUGUUUAUGGUUGUUUGAUCGGAUUGUUUAU